GUCCGAGGCUCGGCGUUCUGGGUGAGAGCGGGAACCCAAGGCCGCCAGCCUCGGGCCUGUGGGAGGAUGAGGAGGAGUCACGGCUCCGACCCGCCCUCCUCGCGCAGCCUCGGGCUGGGCUGAGCCGCAGCGAGGCGCGCCCGCUCCUCCAGCCCCGCCGCCGGGGAGGGGUUUCCCGGGACGAGCCGGCCCCUUUCAUCCAGGAAGUGAAAGCGACGUCGAGGUCAAUGAAAACAAACGAGAGACCUGGGGGAGGAAAGGAAGGGGGGCGAGGAGGAAGGAGCGCCGGGGCGCGGAAGGGAGCAGCGGGGCGGUGGGAGCGCGAGCGGGAGGCCGGCCGCGGUCCCGAAUUUGCCGCCGCCUUCGGGGCUCGCCCGGGGAUGUCUCAAGGCCCCGAAGCACCACGCGGCGGCCGCCGUCCCGGCCUCUGAGGGCCGCCACGUCCCGGCAGCGCGCGCGGGCUGAGGGCUGCUCUGUGCCGGCUGGGGGCGCCCGGGGAGGGGCCCGAGCGGGCCGGGAGGGGCUGCCCAGGCCCCGCGUUUCCCCCUUCACCGCGGCCGGCGCCGGGCCAGGAGGAUGCGCGGCGCCGGGCUCUGAAGCAUGGAGGGAGUUCUGUACAAGUGGACCAACUAUCUCACGGGUUGGCAGCCUCGUUGGUUUGUUUUAGAUAAUGGAAUCCUGUCCUACUAUGAUUCACAAGAUGAUGUUUGCAAAGGGAGCAAAGGAAGUAUAAAGAUGGCAGUUUGUGAAAUUAAAGUCCAUUCAGCAGACAACACAAGAAUGGAAUUAAUCAUUCCAGGAGAGCAGCAUUUCUACAUGAAGGCAGUGAAUGCAGCUGAAAGACAAAGGUGGCUGGUUGCUUUGGGGAGCUCCAAAGCCUGUUUGUCUGAUACUAGGACCAAAAAAGAAAAAGAAAUAAGUGAAACCAGUGAAUCUCUGAAAACCAAAAUGUCUGAGCUUCGCCUCUACUGUGACCUCCUAAUGAAGCAAGUUCAUACGAUCCAAGAAUUUGUUCACCAUGAUGAGAAUCAUUCAUCUCCCAGCAUAGAGAACAUGAAUGAAGCCUCUUCUCUACUUAGUGCCACGUGUAAUACAUUCAUCACAACGCUUGAGGAAUGUGUGAAGAUAGCGAAUGCCAAGUUUAAACCUGAGAUGUUUCAGCUGUGCCAUCCGGAUCCCUUAGUUUCUCCUGUGUCACCUUCUCCUGUUCAAAUGAUGAAGCGUUCUGUCAGCCACCCUGGUUCUUGCAGUUCAGAGAGGAGUAGCCACUCUAUAAAAGAAACAGUGUCUACACUUCACCGACUCUCCCAGAGGCGCCGAAGAACCUACUCAGAUACAGACUCUUGUAAUGAUGUUCCUCUCGAAGACCCAGAUAGACCUGUUCACUGUUCCAGAAAUACACUUAAUGGAGAUUUGGCAUCAGCAACCAUUCCUGAAGAAAGCAGACUUAUGGCCAAAAAAAAAUCUGAAUCGGAAGAUCCUCUUCCAUCCUUCUCUUCCUGAGGAAACGGAAGUGUCCAACUUCCUCUAAGUAUUGCUAUGCAAAAGCUGCUGUAAUUAAACUAUGUUAUAGGGAGUAAUUUUUCCCUUAGGAUUUCUCUGCACUUUAUAGAAUAUUGUAAAACAAACAAAAAACAACCCACAUACCUUUGAAGUGUAUUUUAUCUUUAUAUAGUUUAUUUGCAAGAGUAUUUUCUUAAUAACUUCACAGUAUGAAUGUGCAUCUUUUUUUUUUUUUGAACAAAUGAUGGUGUAACAUUUUGACAUCUGUAAGGACAAAUGUAGAUAUUUUUCUAAAAUACUGUGAGGGACUGACAUCUUAGUCAGUGUGUAUUGUAGCUUAUAAACAUGAAAUCUUAUAAACCUAAGGUUUCAGUUUGACAGAAGUGUGAUAUAUGUAACUUGUGCCAUGGACCAAAUGGUCACUUUACCCCAGCUGAAAGUGAGUUACGGUCGCAGCUUGAUGGUGUUUGUAUUAUAUUCCUUUAAGCAAAAAGGAAACAUUUAAUAUUCGAAAUAUUUUUACCCCAAAUACCAUGACAUUGAGGAUUUUUUAAAAACGAGAUCGUGCUGUCCUUUGUAUAUGAAGUUGACACUACUGAUUUAUCAAUACCAAAUAUUGGGUUAAAGUAUUUAAUUUUUACUUAUUUAUUUUUCUGUUGCAUCAGAAAAAAUGAUUGCAUCCUAACUUUUAUGACCUACCAAAUUUAAGAUGUGUAUACCUUGUUAUUUACAUUGUUCUAGAAAAGAGGUUAAUAUUGUAGUGACCUUGCUCACUUCCACCAGAGAAAUAAAUGACUUGCAAUGGAAGAGGAUUUUAGUGCUUUUUUCCGAAAAUAGACGUAAGCUGCUGUUGUAAGGUAUUAAUGUUUGCAGCUCUUUAGACUAUCUAGACAUUUUUUAUUUAUGAAUACUUAUAAAAAAGGAAUCUGUCAAGGUGACUGCCCUACAUAACUUGAGAAUGGCAUUAUUUAAUUAAAGAACAAAUAGCAUUUUUUGGUAGUGCCUGUCCAUACCUAUUGUCAGUGUUUGCUUUGUAAACUGUUUUUUCAGUUCACUUUGGAGUGAUGGUUUUGUCCAAGGUUUUGGAUGAGGAGCACUUUAAAACAAACUGGUUUGGUGUUUCUAAGUUAAUCAUAUGUUUAAUAAAUAUGUGGUUUUUGCAUUCAAACUCAUCAUAUAAUACAUUGUAUUUUUUACAUUUAUUGAUAGUUUGUCUAAUCUUUAUCAAGUGGUAAUAAUAUUCUUUAUUGCUUUGAUUUUGUUUGUAUCUUUGGACCUCAUAGUAAAUACACAAAUUAGGCAUAUUUUUAGCUUUUUUGCCUGUGAGCUUAGAAUAGUGCGUCCUAUUCAUUUUAAAUUUCUGUUGUAAGUUUAUGUGAGAAUUUUUUUAAAAGAAUUAAUAUUUGGUAUUUCCUUAUUGAAAUAAGUCUGUAGUUAUAGGCUUUCUUCCUUAUGUUUAAAAUGGACAUAAACAAUCUAUAUACAUUAAUAUACAUUUAGAUUAACUCUGUGCUACUUAAAGUAUUUGUGAUUUUAAAUAGCACACAGGUCAUUAGACUGUAUUAAGAAGAAUCUUUCUGCUCAUGUUAUACUUCAUAUGUCUAAUUUGAGAAAAAAGUUUGAUAAUGUAAGUUUUCAUGUUGAGCGAGUAAUCAGAUUUUUUGCUCCUUCUAUUUUUUUAUUUUUUAUUUUUUGUAGUAAGGAUGAGUGGUGAUAAGACUAUGAAGGUCAAGGUGGUACUAAUUGUGGGAGUUUUUCUGGUAGUUUUUUUUUGAACCAGUAUGUUUAUAAUGAAAACACUAUAACAAAGCUUUUGAACUCAUGGAAAAUAAAUCCAUUUUCUAUUGCUUUAUCAAAAAAUAUGAGUUCCUGAACAGUUUUCUGUAAAUACCUUAAAAAAUAAAAUACAGUUAUUUCUGGUUCAUAUCA